AUGAAUUCUCAAUAGUAUAAUUAACAUCUACUACAAUCAAUUCCAAAUCUACACAAAGUCCUAACUUCUAUUUUACAGAAAUGCACAAGAUACUUUUAUCGAUUUUGCAGUAUAUAAAUUAAAUAGAGUAAUAGAAAUUCAUUAUUAAAAAUAAAAAAGAAUAUGCAAGCCAAUUUUUAAGAGAAGGAAGCUCUAGCUGACAUCUUUGGUCAUUUAAAAGAUGUAGAUAUACAAAUCUUUGGGGCUAUAUUAGAUUAUAUUUCGAAAGGAGUAAGUUUAAGACAGCAUUGGAUAUCUAUAAGAAAUGGGGAAUUAGAGACAAUUAGUAUCACAAAUUUUAAAACAAGCAGGGAAUUUCACACAAAAUGAUACAGAAUAGAUAUUGUCUGUUGUUAGAAUUGAUAUCAAAUUAUUCACAGAAGUCUUAAGAAAAUUAAAAGAUCAUGACUUCAAUAACAAAGACUUUUCCUCUUAAGAAAAUGAAGAAUCUACAUUAUUUCUAAUUAAUAGCAUCAAAGAUAAUAGAAGGAUCAUUGAAUUUUUGUAAUUUUUAGUUCACCUUACAUCUAUAGAUAACACUUUAAUAUAAUGUGGAUCUAAUUCAUUACAUAUAUUAGUUUAGAUGAAGGUAGAUAUCAGAAACCAAUCAUUUGUGAAUAUCAGAAUAAAGAAUACUUCUUUGAUUGGUGGUAACUUUGUUAGAUGCAACUUGAAUGGAUCCGAGUUUGAUAAUGUAGAUAUCAGCGGAUUGAAUUUGAAUGGUGCUUAGAUGUUCAAAUGUAAAUGGAAGAACAUUAAAAUCCAUGAAUUGAAUAAGUUGGAUGGACAUAGAAGUUGUGCGAAUUCAGUAUGUAUUUCUCCUGAUGGAAAUACAUUGGCUUCUGGUAGUAGAGAUCAGUCUAUCCGUAUAUGGGAUAUCAAAACAGGAUAAUAAAAAGCCAAAUUAGAUGGCCAUACUAGUACUGUCUACUCAGUCUGUUUCUCUCCUGAUGGAAAUACAUUAGCUUCUGGUAGUAGUGAUAACUCUAUCCGUCUAUGGGAUGUAAAAACAGGAUAAUAAAAAGCCAAAUUAAAUGGUCAUAAUAAUAGUAUUAACUCAGUCUGUUUCUCUUCUGAUGGAAAUACAUUAGCUUCUGGUAGUUAUGAUAAGUCUAUCCGUCUAUGGGAUGUUGAAACUAAGAAAAAAAUAGCCAAAUUAGAUGGUCAUAGUAACUAUGUUAUUUCAGUCUGUUUCUCUCCUGAUGGAAAUACAUUAGCUUCUGGUAGU